AUGGACGUCCCAAAUACCUCAAGCAAAACCUUAACCGCGCAUAUGUGCAAAAGCGCUCACCGAGGCCACGACAUUAUCACCCAAAAAAUCAAAACACCUUCUUUCUCUUAUAUCAAUCUCCAACUUAUUCCAGCAAGCCCUACCACCAAUGACGCUCAGCUAGACGCUCUCACCAUCCAACACUAUAUUGGUCUCGCGUUAUCACAGUUCCUCGGACUUACUGGCUCAGCAAUUUCAAUUGACAUUGUAAAAGUUGAAGGAGAGGAGUGCUGGAUCAGGGUUCCGCGUGAGGAUUUGAAUCCUGUGCUCGCGGCCGUGGGCGGCUGGGUUGGGCCCCCAGGGUCCCAGGAAGAGGACAGGAUUGGAUGGAGAGUCAAAGGGUCUGGUAACUGGCUUGGUCUGCUUGUUGCACAAGCAGGAGCAGGUCACGUUUGGGACGACUGA